AAAUGAGUUCCACGGAGCUAGCGUAUCAGUGAAAUAGAAAUAGUAAAGGAAAAACGGAAAUGAAUCUGUUGAAAAGUAUGAACGUGUGGCUGCUGUUAACCUGCAAUCUAUUUCUGUGUGUAGUGGAUAUUUAGCAAUCAGACAUGAGACCAUCCUAAAUCACAGACAUGACGAAGUUAGACGUAUUGUUCAUCCACGCGCUUUUCGUCCUCGUACAAUAUGAGUGUAUAUGUGAUGAACUUCCUGUAAAAGCAGCAUCACCAGUUGCAGCCGGUGCCAGGUCUCAAUACCACACUAUUUCUAAAUCUUACAGACAAAGAACGCUUGAUGAAUUACUAAACAACUACGACCCAAGGAUACCUCCAAACUACGAAGACGAUUUUCCAGUGACAGUUCUGGUGCAGCUUCAUAUUACAAAUAUAGACAGUAUAAGUGAAUCGAGUAUGGACUAUUCAGUUGGAAUGUUUUUGCGACAAACAUGGAACGACAGCAGACUCGCGUAUCGGAAAAUUCCCAAGCUCAGGUCCUUGGAACUUGAUUCACGCCUAAUGGACAACAUCUGGGUUCCUGAUUUAUUCAUUGCCAAUGAAAAAGAUGCUCAAUUUCAUUUAGUUACAGUGCCGAAUAAGCUUAUGCAUAUUUAUCCAGAAGGACGGGUCCAAUACAGUGUAAGAAUAUCUGCGACACUACAGUGUAAUAUGGAUCUGAGGAAAUAUCCACUGGAUUCACAGAUAUGUUAUGUCAUGAUGGAAAGCUACGGUUACAGUACAGAGGUUCUUCAGUUCCGCUGGAAUCCUAGCCCAGUAUCCAGAGACUCCAGGCUGCAGUUAGCCCAAUUUGAGCUGGGCGGCAUGCGAACGUAUCAAUGUGAUAAACAAUACGUAUCAUUAAAUUACACCUGCAUCACCUUGGAUUUUGAGCUGAAAAGAAGUUUUGGCUACUAUAUAACACAGAUAUACAUUCCGAGUAUACUUAUUAUUUGCCUCUCAUGGGUCUCGUUCUGGCUAGACAUGGACGCUGUACCGGCCAGAAUAUCUCUGGGAUUAUUGACUGUACUUACCAUGACCACACAAAGUGCGGGCGCGAGAUCAUCACUUCCUAAAGUGUCAUAUGUUAAAGCAAUCGACAUCUGGAUGGCAACAUGUUUGCUGUUUGUAUUCGCCGCCUUGAUAGAAUUUGCAUAUGUAAAUGUGCAUUCACGUGUGGAGAAACGUAGACGUCAGAGCUGCGUUGGGUCUCAAAAACUAAAUAAUGGAAACGAUCCUGAUAACGAGGGUGAAUACGAAAAGAGACACCAGUCAAGAUUCCGAAUGUUUAUGCCAAGCAGAGAAAAAGCCAGGACAUGUGAUCGAAUAUCAAGAAUUGCUUUUCCUAGUGUUUUCUUUGUUUUCAAUAUAAUCUACUGGUGUAUUUAUGCAAUAUGGACACCUGAAAAUACCACAUUUUCUUGAAAUAUAGUUCAGUUGAGUUUAAAAAUCUUGAUUAAUCACAAAUUCAACAUAAACAAAUAUAAGUUGAUAUUGCUCAGUCUCUAGAGUUUGAAUAGGUGUUGCUAGUGAGCAGCUAUUGCUGCUAUGACGUCCACUAUAGGUGAUUUGAGAGUUGCAGACCUUCUAUGUUUUAAGAGAAGGAAACAAUAUUCAGUGAUACAUCGAUAUAUUUAGUGAUACAUCGAUAUCUGACAGAGAACCAUUGCUAACAUGAUUAUUCAGAAUACGUAAAAACAUAAUGCGACAUGAAUGACUAUAUAACAGUUUUGUAACGAUGGAACAGAAACGGAUAAAUACUUAUUCUAAUAUGACUAACAAUGGUUAAUCAUCACAACGAUAUUAUGCUGACGUACGGUCGACGCGAUAUUUAGUGCCGUGUACGCAUGAAAAAAUUUAAUCAAAUACUUUACUUAAACACAUGAUUAAAACGAAAUGUCACAUAGCAUAACUGUCUAAAUUAAUUUACACACACUCUGGGUUGGUUAUUAAUUUUGCAAAAUAAUACGCCAUCAUUUGUGCCCUAAUGGAACUAUUCCGCAAGACGUAUUACCAUUCCUGUCCUGGCGUAUAUACAUGUAAACAAAGGAGCGUGGCGACCUACCAUUUGGCGCCAUACAUGCGCCAAUAGGCAGUUCUAUCAUAUUUUAUCUAAAUUUUACAAUAAAAGAUAUAUAAGACAUUUAUAGCAAAAUCGUGUUUGAACACUAUUUAUACACUCGGGCGGUUAUACGCCGUACGAAAUAAUUUCAUUCGGGAUGCGCCCUCGAGAAAUUAUUACGCCCGACGUAUAACCGCCCUUCGUGUUUUGCUAUAAAUUAUUUAUUAAACAAAGCGUAGAUCUGUUUCAUAAAUAAAGGCAUUAAAGGUUAUCUGAAAUCGUAUCAAACAUAGAAUGACACUUAUGAGAAAUAAUAGGAUAGUUUCGAAAGUUGGAGAACCGUUUUUUCUUUUAUGCUGGACAGGAUUUUACCCGUGUUAUCGCCAGUGCUGAAAACAUCGUCAAACAGUCCGAGGUGUAAGAGACUCACAUGCUGUAAUGUAUGAAUUGAUGUAUAAAUUCAUAGGCUACUAUAACAAAAUAAUGCUUAAACGAAAAGCUUAGUUUUAUUUUAUUUCUUCCAUUAUUUGAAGAAAUACGGUAUGCAAGAAAAAGAGCAAACAAAUACCCUCGAGCAAGAAAUGUCUAUCAUCCAAAACCUUUUAUCAGUGGAGAUAAUGUAUGGUGCCAGACCUGUCUAUUCUGUUUUAAAUAGUAUUAAAAGUAUUGCUAGAUAAUUGAGUUCACAUAAUGGUGAUGAUAUUCUUAAUUAGCCAGUAUACAUGUAAAUGUUAUUUAAUACCAUGCGCCUACUUAGAAUAAUAAAACUAAGAGUCAGUCAUACAUACUGGUAGGGAUAUUAGCAACUUUUUGAUACAAAGUGAAAAACAUGACAAAAACACACAUAUACACAUAUUAACUGUACACAAUGCUUUUACAGAAGACAAAAUUACUAAACGUCAACGAGAACAGACCAGACGACAAUAUAUAUUACAACAAUGCUGUUUAGAAGGUCUAAAAUGAAAUUCAAUGUUUUAAUCAAAUGAAAGGCUGGUAAUAUGAUUCCAGAAUCUUUCGUACUUAACUUAUCAUGAUGUCGUUCUACAAGUUAAAUGAAUAUACCUAAUGCAAGUGUUUUAUUGACUAUUGUAACAUAUAAAAUGAAUGUGACACAGUAGAAUACAAAUACAUGUGGAGUUUUUCUAUGUAAACUAGUAUUAACAAUGCCCAUGUGUAUAAUGAAUAACGGUUUGAAGAAGACGAGAGAAACGAUGGGGUAAUCAAAUAAUCUAGAUUUCGACUCCGUAUGAAUAUGUGAAAACAUUAACUUUACUUUAACCUUAUCAGAUCUUGUUUGCAUAUUUUUUGCCUAACUGUCAAAUAUGCUUCCAAAGAUUUGAUGAAUAGCAGUGUAUAUUUUCAGUCUAGCGGCCGUUACAUGUCAUGCAUAAAAGCCUUCAAUUUGAACUGGAUCUAGAGGCUUGAAUGGUGUUGCACAUCACAUUACCUCUUAUGAGCAGGCUGAUUCAACACAGACUUUGCUAACAUUGAUUUGUUACUUUUACCCGGCUACUCUAUCUGACCGUAAAAUAAGUUCUAAGUAUACCCAUCUCUUUGGGCAAUAUCGUUAACUGUUCAUUUAUAUGCACCUCUUAACUGCUUCCGCAAUGUGUGCUUGCUACUCAAGAAGAAGUAGAACUUGAUUUUUAUAGCAAUAUUCGGAACAUUAAAAUUAUCCAAACGGUUUUUGUGUUUGCAAUUAUGUGUAAACAUGUAACAGACUUCUGUAACUUUUUUAAAUAUACAUGGCAGGUACCUCUUCGCAUUAUUCUUGAGAAAAACACUCAAAAAAGCUCAAACUAAUACAUUUUUUAAAGAUUUUCUCCACUCAUUUCACUGUGUACUGUCUCCCUUGGCUAAUAAAUGAGUACAUUACUUCUAUUCUAAAUAUAAUUUCCCCGAAAUGAAGAUAUAAGAAGAACAACUGGGGCCUCAAUUUACAUUUUUUACCAUUAAAGUACACAGCAUUGACACACAUUUUAACAAGGUCAUUACAUUAUUAACAGAAGUGAUGAGGAAGAAUAUUGCAUUGAAUACAUUUUUGAGUUGAAAUCAUUUUAUUGUUUCUUUGCGUUUUAUGUAUCUAAACCUCCAAAAUGAUGUAACUAUAACAAACGUAACAAGCUAAUAAUGACCUGUACAAAACAAACACGAGUGAGUAUUCACUCAAACAAGUAAAAGUAAUUCAUUAUUUAUUGAGCAUACCAAAUGAUAAAAAAACAUUCAAAAGACGAAUGCUGAAUGAUUGUAUAAAAUUAUUUAUUGAAACUUAAGUCUCGCAUUAUCAUGAACAUGAUUUGUUUAACCCUUACUCGGUUACUCUUAUAUAUAUAUAUCAUUAUCAUUAUCAUUA